AUGAAAGUAUCACAUGGAGAUGGACAAGAAUUUUUAAAACAUAUUAAAGAUAAUGCAGAAAAAGAAAGAAUCUGGUCGACUAUUGUUGGUGUUGGUCUUGAUUUAGGAGCAGAAGUGAUUCAAUCAGUAUCGAAGACGAUUGGUUGCAAUUAUUGUAAUGUUCGAAAUGCUCGAACGUUUGAUCAAUUAAUGAAUACACAAUUUCAUUAUACAGUUACACCAGUUGCAUUUAAUAUUGAAUUUCUAGUAAUGGGAGAACGUUAUCGAAUUGGACAAGGUUAUGGUUCACCUGAAGUCUAUAAAUUCGAAGAUCAAAUAACUCCUCGUCAAUCAAUAAAAUUAGUUAGUGAAUUUGCAUUGCCAAUGAAUAAUCAAAAUGAAGUACGUGGUGGAUAUCUUUUAUUUCAAAUAAUUGAUUUAAAAAAAGAUCAAAAUGAUCAAUCAUUUCGAAUAAAUACAUCAUGGGAUACUCUCGAAGGUAUAACACAAAGCAAUGAACAGGACUUACAAUUUUCGAAACAAAUCGAUUUAUUUACUCAUUCGGGAAUACGCAAAGCUAUUUUACUUGUACGUUAUACAAAAUUUAUUAAACGUUAUUUGAAAGUACGUCAAGCAUCAGCUACACCUGAUAUUAUGGAUGAAUAUCAAACAAUGCGUCGACAAUUUCCACGUUUAGUCGAAUAUUUUCAACAAGAAAUGCUCGUUCUCAAUGAUCAAUCCUUAUAUGAAGAAGAAUAUCGACAUUUAUUAGAUAUUGCUCAAAGAGAUGAUAUUCCUUUGAAUCAAUAUCUUCGUCAACCACAAACAAUAACUGCACGAACAACGAAUACAGCAACUUCAACUAUGGCUACUACCACUGGAGAUAGAUGUUGUAUUUGUUUAACAAACAAGAGUUCAGUGAUUUUAUUCUCAUGUGGUCAUAAAUGUUUAUGCAAUGAUUGUGCUGAUCAACAACAAGAACAAUUAACGAGAUGUCCAUUAUAUGAUUGUAGCUAA